UUUCGCCUUCAAUAUAUGCUUCGGUUUAAGUCAUUGGCUUAAGAUGUGAGAGAAAAACGCAGUAUUUCAAAAAUGAAACUCUAUGUGCCACGCCCAAAUCAGGUUGGAUGAUUUAAAUAAAUUUCUAAAAUGAUUUAACAAGGACUUAGCGUAGUAAUGAACUAUCAAAUAUAUUAAGAAUAUCAUAUAUUUAAUAUAUAAAUGCAAACAAAUGGAUUAAUACUUUUAUGAAUUGAUUAUUUCAAUUUUUCUGAGCAAGUUGUAUUGGUGACAAUUGACGCAAGGAAAAUAUGGAGUUUCUCAAAUAUUUUAGUUGAUACAAAAGUGUUUUAUAAAAUAAUUAAUGAAAUAAUGCUAUUAAAAUUGAGAUGGAUUCAAAUGGAAAUGGAAAGAAGGAUGUGAGGCCUUUGUUGAGAGAGCUUAUUAGACGUCAAAGACUGGAUUCCGAUGGCGGUGGAGCAGAUUCUCCCGAUCUUGAGUUUAUUUAUGAUGACGCUGACACUCACGGCAAUGAAAUUGCAGAGCUUUAUAGUUACACCGAACAACCAGAGCUACAGCUCAAUGUCAAAGCGUUUGAGGACCAAAUGGAAAUUUACCAUCUUCUACCCAACUGGAAACGUUUAUCGGUAGAAGCGCGCAAAUCGGUAAUGAUGAAACUACUCGAUCAGCUUGAGUCUAGUGUGAAACCUUUGCGAAUGAGGAGUGCAAGAUGCCUCCUGUACCUCGCCCAAGGUUGUUGGGCUGAGGUACAAUCCGAUACUGAACAGCAGCACUGGACUAGAAUAAAUUCCAUGAUGCUGUUUCGGCUUGGUGCAUUUGCUUUAUUUACUGAGUUGUUAAAUAUUGAAAUCGAUAACAGCACUGCUGCGCAUGUUGCAAUGCGGAAAAUUGCUGUUUCACUAGCUGACUCUCAGGAUCUUCGUGUCAUUUUAUCCGUUUUAUAUAUCAUAACGGAAGUAAUCAGAAUUGAAAAAUUGUCAGGCGACCCAGCAUAUACCCAGGAUAUAGAGGCUUUUGUGUUUGAGAUCGAGCGAGAUGGAGAGGAUCAUUUGAUUAUAAAACUAUUGUCCAUGGUAACAAAGUUUUGCAGCGGUGCCGCACCUCAUUUUCCUAUGAAAAAAGUUUUGUUGCUUUUAUGGAAACUUACGCUUGUAACUUUGGGUGGUAUGAAUGAAUUGAAGGAAAUGAAGGCAGAAAAACGCCGUUCAUUUAAUUUGCCACCUCAAGGUGAAGACACUUUGGAAAUCAUCAAAACCAUGAGGUCUUCAUCACCACCGGCGAGUGCUACAGAUUUGCUUGAAGUCCAAAAUCAGAAGCGUAGUACACGUCCAUUUAGAAGAAGUCUCAUAAAGCAAAGUAGUUUAGAUGAUCAGGAAUCUCUAGGCUUGGAAGUUGAAACUUCCAUGGCCAAUGAAAACGGGGACGAAUUAGCCGAGAUGGCAACGUAUGAUGAAAGACGCCCCACAGAUAAUAAUGAAACCAAUCAGAUGUUUAAUAAUCACAUUUUGAACAUGUAUAACAUGCAAGUUUCACCUCCUCCACAGCAUGAUGUUAUUCCAAGAGGUUUGCCAUGGAAGCCAAAAGUUCGGCAGAAGGAUAUCGAUGUGUUCCUGGACAAUGCAAGACAGAAGUUUUUAGGCUACAGCUUGCCUGGAGAUCGAACCACUUUGUUUGGAUUGCCCGAGCCUAUUCAUGAAGGAGUUAGAGUUUUAAAAGCGCACGUUUACACUUCAUUAGUUGAGCUGCAAAUCGAAAAGGAGGAAGAGAUUGCUCGAAACCCAGUCUCAAGCGAAGAAGAAUUCAUUGAGCAUACACCUGCUGAAGUCCUGUAUCAGGCUAUGCUUCCGAGCUUGCCUCAAUACAUGAUUGCUCUGUUGAAAAUUUUGCUAGCUGCUGCACCCACCUCCAAAGCAAAAACCGAUUCCAUCAAUAUCAUGGCUGAUGUAUUGCCUGAGGAAAUGCCUAUGACUGUCUUGCAGUCAAUGAAACUAGGAAUCGACGUCAACAGGCACAAGGAGAUUAUAGUUAAAGCAGUGUCAGCAAUUCUCUUGCUAUUUUUGAAACACUUCAAGCUGAACCAUAUCUAUCAGUUCGAGUUCAUGUCACAACAUCUUGUUUUUGCGAACUGUAUCCCAUUGGUUCUUAAAUUCUUUAAUCAAAACAUCAUGGGAUAUGUUGGCUCCAAAAAUGCAAUUCCGAUAUUGGAUUUUCCAUCUUGUGUAAUUGGAGACCAGCCCGAUCUCACCGCCGAAAGUCUUGAAAUAGGAGACGCGGCUCAAUUUUCGUGGAGGAACAUGUUUUCCUGCAUAAACCUUCUUAGAAUUUUAAAUAAAUUGACCAAGUGGAAGCACUCGAGAAUCAUGAUGGUUGUGGUAUUCAAAUCAGCUCCCAUUCUCAAACGCACACUAAAAGUGAGACAUGCAAUGACUCAGUUGUAUGUUCUGAAAUUACUGAAAAUGCAGACUAAGUAUUUGGGAAGGCAAUGGCGCAAAUCAAACAUGAAAACUAUUAGCGCUAUUUACCAGAAAGUUCGCCAUCGCCUCAACGAUGACUGGGCAUAUGGAAACGACAUUGAUGCAAGACCAUGGGAUUUCCAAAGCGAAGAAUGUGCGCUCAGAGCCUCUGUAGAUAGAUUUAAUAACCGCCGAUACACUCAAGUCAAAAAAAGCGAGUUUGAACCUGUUGAUAAUAACCCAAUCAGCAUUCUGGGGCAAGAUUAUGAUCUUUCAGACAGCUUUAAGCGAUACUACAACUUAUGGUUAGAGCAGGAGGUUCAUGGCACUCCGAUUGACUGGGAAAAGUUGCUUUUUGAAGCUGACAAAUGUGACAAAAAAGACGAAUAAUGAUCGUUUGUUAAAUAUCGGUAGUCAAGGCGAUAUUGUUAAACUCUUACUAGUUAAAGCGUUGCUAAACCUUAUUAAAGUUUAUUUAUUUUAUUCAGUUAGUGUUUUAUGCUUUCGGAAACUCGUGUUCCUUGAGAGCAUUUUAUAAAAAAAAAUAUAUUUCUAUUUACCUAAUUUUUAGUUACUUAAAUGUUCAACGUGUCCGGUUUACCAUUAAUAUCUACUGUCGGAACUUGGACGUAAAUACUGUACAUUUUUGUGUUGGUCUUAAGGUAAUAAAUGAGCUUUAAUAACGUUA